AUGGGGGAGCCACGGCCAAGGGAAAGCGGUGAUUCUUCCUCCACCGACUCAUUUUCAACCCCUUCGGCGUCUCCGUGCCCUUCACCGUCUCCGGCGCCACGUCAGCACGUGACGUUAGUCGAACCAUCUCAUCAACACAAGAAAAAAGGCAAAAAAGUCUUCCGGGUCUUCCGUUCCGUUUUCCGCUCUUUUCCGAUCAUAACACCGGCGGCUUGCAAAAUCCCCGUCCUCCCGGGCGGCAGAUUACCAGACCCGCACCGGGGCGGGUCAAGCGGGUCAAAAGUCACCGGGACUUUAUUCGGAUACCGUAAAGGCCGUGUAAGCCUCUCAAUUCAAGAAAGCCCUAGAUGUUUACCAUCUCUCGUCGUGGAGCUUGCAAUGCAGACAAUGGUGUUGCAAAAAGAGCUAAGCGGAGGAAUGGUUAGGAUCGCUUUAGAGACGGAGAAACGAGGUGAUAAAGAAAAGAUCAAGGUAAUGGACGAGCCGUUAUGGACAAUGUACUGUAACGGUAAGAAAACGGGAUACGGUGUGAAACGUGACGCGAACGAGGAAGAUCUUAACGUGAUGGAGUUGUUAAGACCAGUUUCGAUGGGCGCCGGAGUUUUGCCAGGGUACUUGGAGGCUGAAGGUCCUGACUCGGAGAUGGCUUACAUGAGGGCUUACUUCGAACGAGUCGUCGGGUCUAAAGACUCAGAGACUUUCUAUAUGUUGAGCCCCGAAGGGAACAAUGGACCAGAGCUUAGUAUUUUCUUUGUAAGAGUAUGA